AUGAAUUUAAUUUCUCUCUUUGUUCAAUUUCUAGCACUUUUUCAGAGGCAUUCCAGCGAUGCAAAGUUCAAUGUGAUGCUCUCCAUUAGUCUCCUGUUCAUCGUCGAGCUUUUUAAUAUGGCAGCCGGAAAACGAAAUGAAAUCGGCCACAUACCAAUGAAAGGUUAG